UCUUUAUUAUUUUUUGUUUUAAAAAUUAAUAAUAAAAAUUUGAAAGGCUUAUCAGUCUAAAUUUCGCAACCAAUAUCUUACUCUAUCUACUAUCUAGGUGAAAAUUAAUAUGAUGGAGGAAAAGGCUCGUGAGAAAGGAUUGCUUGAAGUUGGUGGUAAUUGUGUAUGGUCCAUAUCAACAUGUAAGCCAGGCUAUGGAGUAGCUAAUCUCAGAGACAGAUCAAUCGAGACUUACUGGCAAUCAGACGGUCCACAACCACAUUACAUUAACAUGGAGUUUCUUCACAACACCUCACUAGAAUCAAUAUGUAUAUAUACUGAUUAUUCUCAAGAUGAGAGCUAUACUCCUAGCAACAUUGUCAUCAAAGUUGGCAAUCACUUCCAUGAUCUCACGACAGUAACUAGCCUAGAGCUUGAAGAGCCCAUGGGUUGGGUAACAAUAAAACUAAAAGAUUCAAAAGACAGGCCAGUAAAAGGAUUUGUGUAUCAAGUAUCAAUACUGGCCAAUCACCUCAAUGGAAGAGAUACACACAUACGUCAGAUCAAAGUGUAUGAAACAAAGACACCAGCCAGUGAUGACAGCAUUACAGGAUCACAGAGCAUGUUCACCGAUAGACUAACACCAUUUUAUACUCUAAGACAAUAAUACAUGUACAUACACUGUAUGUAAUGCAUUCAUUUAUUCAAACACUCUUGUCUCAAUCUCUCAA